AUGUUUCUCGUAUCUUUUAUCUUCAGUGAUAUUCCUCAAACACUGCAACUUUCAAAACCCUCAAAAAUGAAAACUUUCUCCUCAAUUCAACCACCCCAGAAUCUCCAUUCCGCAUCAUUUUUGUCUUCCACUCCCAAAAGGACUCAAGUUCCUUUCUCUGCAAGGGUUUUCUUUUGUCAGGCAAAGUCUGGAACAAACGAGUCGUUAAACGUAAAAUUUUUGCCUCGGAUGCUAUUAGCAGCAGAAAAAGAAGAAGCCAAGGCUGUAUUGACCUUGUUUUUGAAGAAACAAGGUUUGAGCAAUGCAAAUGCAAUGAAAACCAUCAACAAAUCAGAUCCUUUUAUUGAUCACCUUAUCUCAAAGCUUCACUCUAAGCAUAAAACUUGCUACCUUUCAGGGAGAGAGCUUACAACUCUUGAAAUCAGGGAUGCAAUUAUCUCUUAUCUUGAAUUGCUUUUCGAAGAGCACGGACAUAUUCUAGUGGAUGUAGUGGAAAACUAUCCAAACCCACCUGUUAAGGAUAAGUCAGACGUGCCGAUUCCCCCUCCUAAUCCUAGUCCAGCCAAGAAACGUAAAGCCAUGUCUCUAGUGAGCGGGCUAGACCCUGCUGCGGGAAAUCUUCGUCCUCAUUUUGUUUAUCUCAUGGAACUUGGAAUGGAAAUUGGCCAGAUUAAAACUAUUAUACGCAAGUACCCAGCUUUCGCGAACUAUAGCUUGGAUGGUAAAAUUAAGCCGGUGGUCGAGUUUUUUCUUGAACUUGGAAUGCCAGAAGAACAAAUUCUUAUUAUCCUCAUGAAAAGGCCUCAGUUAUGUGGAAUCAGUCUAUCUGAAAAUCUUAAGCCGACAAUGAAAUUCUUGGAAUCUUUGGGCGUUGACAAGAAACAAUGGGCGAAGGUGAUCUACCGCUUCCCGGCCAUGCUAACUUAUAGCAGGCAGAAGAUUAAUGAAAGUAUAGAUUUUCUCCUUGAAUUAGGCAUCUCCGAAGAGAGCGUUGGUAAGAUCUUAACUCGCUUCCCUAAUAUUGUUUGUUACAAUGUAGAGGACAAUCUCCGGCCAACAGCUAUGUACUUCCGUUCCUUGGGAGUUGAUGUUGGCCUUCUUCUAUUCAAGUGUCCGCAAAAUUUUGGUCUUAGUAUUGAGGCUAAGUUAAAGCCUGUAACGGAAUUUUUCUUGGAGAGGGGAUACACUUUGGAAGAAAUUGGGACUAUGAUUUCGAGAUAUGCCCGAUUGUACACUUUCAGCUUGGCUGGGAGUUUGAUGCCAAAAUGGGAUUUCUUUUUGACUAUGGAUUACCCUAAAUCUGAGCUGGUUAAGUUCCCUAAUUUUUUUGGAUACAAUUUAGAACGACGGAUUAAACCGAGAUAUGCGCGCGUGAAAUGUUCUGGGGUGAGACUAUUGCUGAAUCAGGUUCUUACACUAUCAAGCAGCAAAUUUGAAGAUGUUCUUAAAAAGAAAAUGAAGAAACUGCAAAUUGAUGGUCCUAAAAAGAAAAUGAAGAAACUGCAAAUUGAUGGUCCUAAAAAAAAAUGA